AUGAAGAGGUUGGGCUACAUGACGGGAGGCCGUCGUGCCAGCUCCUCGGGGCACGGCGCGAAGUCAAACCUGCCGCCCUUUCCCAUGCGACAGAUGUUCGUUCUUGCUCUCUGCAGGAUAUGCGAACCCAUCGCCUUCAUGUCCAUUUUCCCAUACAUCUACAGUAUGGUCGACGGCUUCCACAUCACCGAAGACAAGAGCAAGAUUUCCGUCUAUGCCGGCAUGGUCACUUCCGCUUUUACCUUGGCCGAGUUCUCCACGGGGGUCAUGUGGGGAAGACUCAGCGACAAAAUCGGUCGCAAGCCGGUCCUUCUGAUGGGCCUUUUCGGCACGGCCAUCAGCUCCCUGGUGUUUGGUUUCGCCCCGAACCUGCCCGUUGCUCUAUUCGCGCGGGCACUGGGUGGCCUUUUGAACGGAAACAUUGGUGUGCUGCAAACCACCGUCGCAGAACUCGUCACGGUCAAGGAACACCAACCUCGCGCAUACACCAUCAUGCCUCUGGUUUGGUGCCUAGGUUCCAUCGUUGGCCCUUUCAUUGGUGGCGCACUCGCCAGGCCUGUAAUCAACUACCCUUCGUUGUUCGACGCCGGCACAAUUUGGGAUCGGUAUCCCUACCUCCUGCCCAACCUGUUCAGCGCUGUCACCGUCUUCUGUGGUGUAAUCAUCGGCCUUCUUUUCUUGGAGGAAACUCACUCGGAGCGAAAGAAGCGGAGAGAUCCCGGCGUGGAACUGGGGAAGCGCAUCCUUUCGUGGGUCUCUACCAAGAGCUGCCAGAUCCCGGCCCGCAAGGCGGAGAAGCAAGCCUUGCUCGACGAUGACGAACUGCCCGGAUACCGCACCACGGAAAAUUCACCUCAACUAGUCGGGUCUGCCUCUGCUAUUCCUGAGCCUACGGAGACUUUGGACCUAACAGAUACGGCAAACAACGAUGAGCUUGAGGAACAGCCCAAGAAGAUAUUCACCAGGCCCGUCAUCUUGAACAUUAUCUCGUAUGGUAUCUUGGCUUUCCACACCAUGACAUUCGACCAAUUGUUCCCUGUGUUCCUCAGCACCAAGCCAGAUGAGCAUCCGGACACUCAUCUUCCUUUCAAGUUCGUCGGCGGCUUUUCCAUGGAGACCGCACCCAUUGGCGUCAUCCUUGCCGUUCAGGGUGUCUACUCGAUGAUCUCGACGGUUUUCAUCUUCCCGUGGGUGACACGACGUCUCGGGCCUCUUCGCCUCUUCAGGAUGUUGGCCAUAUCCUACUUCAUGCUGUACCUGAUGACUCCGUACCUGGCGCUCUUGCCGGAGAAAUGGAGAAUGGUCGGCAUCUACUUCAUGGUCAUUUGGAAGUGCACCUUCUCGACAAUGGCGUACCCCAGCAAUGCAAUCCUGCUCACCAACUCGGCCCCGAGCCUCAUGUCACUCGGGACAAUCAACGGCGUCGCGGCCUCCACGGCGAGCUUGUGCCGAGCUUUCGGACCGACCAUAUCGGGUUUCAUCUACUCCCUGGGUAUUCAGACAGGAUACUCGGGCUUUGCGUGGUGGACCAGCGGUGCCAUCACCAUUAUUGGCGCUUUUCUCAGCAUGCAUCUCACCGAGCCUCGUGGCCGUCUGGAUGAGCCAGUCAAGGAUAUUGAGACGGCCAUCGAGCCAUCAGAAGCCGAGGGGCUCUUGAUCCCCAUGGACGACGAAUCUGAAGCGGAGGCUGGCCCAAGCCGUAGAUCGUGA